AUGUUCAUCGAUAUCUAUAGCAGCACUACUUUACUUGGUAUUGCCGAUCGAGUAGUUAGUUUUAGUACUAUAAGUCAAAUAGGCAAUUAUACUGACAAGAUUGUAGCAGUGGCAUCAGGACUACAGAUGGCAAUACCAUUUCUUGCUUUUAGUCUUAUUCAAGGUGGAGUAGGUGGAUUUAUCCAUUUAGCUGGCACUAUAACAGGAGCUAGUCAAUCUGCUGCAUCACAAGUGGCUAAUGAAUCAGUGACAGGUAACAAGUCAUUUGAUAAUUAUUCAGUUGGCAACCAGCAAUUAUACCAGCAAGGUGGUUUUAAGACCGACUGGAAUGAGUCUUAUGCUGCGGGUAGCAGCUCUUAUCAACAUAUGGACGGCACUAUGGAGAAAGUCACUGCUGGUGGCAAUACUUUAAGACAGUCUGGAGUAGGAUUUACUGCUUCUAGCGGUGCAACUACUUAUAGGCUAGAAGACAGUAGAGCAGCACAAGUAAGUACAGGAGCAGGUAUAUCUGAAUCUAUACAUCAGCAGGGUCUACGAUCUUUAUCGAACUCUAAUACCAGUACAAUCGGAAGAAAUGCAGACUAUGUCGCUCAUCUUGCCCAAAGAGAACAUGCAGGUGAGAGCUUUAAUUAUGAUUCAAUGGGUGAGGUAGGACAGGCUUUGCGGCAAGCGGUUAGUAGUGCUAGACAAUUACAUGAUAAUAGUAAUUAUGGCUGGCAACAAGCAGCUAACACUACUGUUGAAGCCUCUGCAACAUAUGGUACGCCUCUACAAGCUAUAACAGGAUCGGGAGCAUCUAUUGGUCUUAAAGGCUCAGUUGGAGCUACUAAUUCCAGUGAGCAAUCAGUUGGGGAAAAUAACAGUGUUAAUCAAGAAAAACACACAGAUAAGAAUUAUGCUAAUCUCGUAAGAGCCGCCUCUAAUAGUUCAUGGGCAAAAGAAAACAAUAUUGAUACUAGCUACAGCGAUUCUGUGCGUAACGCUUAUGAAGAACAACAAAGAUUGGAGCAACAAUGUUCAAUUAGUCAGCAAGAAGUUGAUGAUUGGCACAAAGCACAAACUAUAGUUAAUGCCAAUUCUGCAAAUUCUAGCCGUGAUAUGUAUCAAGAAGUGGUCAAUCAAUUAAAACAAGAUUAUGGCGUUGAUACCGCUACUGCCCAUAAAAUGGCAGAUAGACGUAGCCCAGAAGCACAGCAAGCUUGGCAGAAAUUACAACAAGAGGAUCAUUAUGUACAAGAUGUCAUGCACAAUAUUCGUCAAGGAAGAGCUACAGUAUCAGGGGCAAGUGGCAGAGAGCAGCUAGAUCGCUUUACUAAUCAGCAUCAAGAUAAGAUCAGCAAUAACCCCGAUACUGCUAUAAGAGAGUAUGCUGAGCAACAAGGAAUGAAUGUUGGUGGCUUUAAAAAACAAUUGCAAAAACAAGGUGAUAGUUUAAAGAAAAAACACGAGAAUAUUAUAGAGAACAACUUGGAAAAAUAUGCAAAAGUUAGAUCUGAGACCGAGUCAAAGGAACAAAAAGCAAAACAACAAGUUGAUAAAUAUGAAGAGGAUCGUAUAGGAAAAGGGUUUAUAGGUACACUAGGUCACUCGGUUAAUGGAGUAGGAAAACCAGAUGAUAAAAAGUAA